AUGGAAGAGAUUAAGGACACGGCUUGGAAACGGUGUCGCAAAGUAAUGAGCCCCUGGUUUACGAAUGCCUACUUCAAAAACAUGGCCCCAUCGGUGGACAGUAGUCUGGUUACGAUGUUCGGCCUACUAGAUAAAGUUGUCCAGACCGGCCAGUCGGCAAACAUGAUCGAUAUGUACGCCAACUUUAUGAUCGAUUUGAUUGCCGGCCAGGUAUACGGUGUUUCACUUGAUUCGACUGCCCAACCGGAUCAUCCGUUUGUUACCAAUCUGUACGGUAUUAUCGAUAGCAAAUGGUAUCGGGUUUUGGCCAUCAGAUUGUUACCAAAGUUUUUACUCAACCUAUUCGACAUACGGACACCGUUUUCGGAGUCGGCUCAUCAGUAUUUUUUCCAACUAUGUCGACACCGGAUAGAGGAGGUCAGGCGUAAUGGCGGUCGCGAUAGUCAACAGCGGACCGAUUUUAUCGGUCUGUUUGCCCGUAUGUUAGUGAAUACAGAAGAUGAUGGCAAUGACCAAAACAGACAGUUAAGAGAACAACAAUGGGAACAGUCAGGAAUGCCUAAAUAUUUGUACGAAAACGAAAUGCUGGCCAAUGCCUGGUUUUUUACAUUGGGUGGCUUUGAGGGCAUUCAGAUACUGUUGGCAUUUGCCACCUACGAACUGGCACUGGACCCUGACCUACAAAAUCGGGUUUACCUAGAAUUGCAGAAAGCAGUGGACACCGAUAGCCAGCGGGUCGAUACAAAAUUGUUGGCCGAUUUGCCGCUAUUGAAUGGUGUUGUUUGCGAAACGCUACGAUUGCAUGCAUUGGUGGCCAGCGAAGGUCGGGUAGCUGAGGAAGACUAUGUAUUGGGCGGCGGCGGCGGCGAUACAGGUAUUUGCAUUGAAAAGGGUACGAAAGUAAUGUUCCCGUUCUAUGCCAUACACAAGUCGCCAGACAACUAUCCCGAACCGUGGCUGUUCCGACCGGAUAGAUGGCUACCCGAAAAUCGUGACCAACUGAUACCCAAUACAUUCAUGCCGUUCGGUGUCGGUCCGCGACACUGUAUUGCCGAACGGUUUGCCCUAUUGGAGGCCAAGUAUGUACUGACACAGCUGUUGCGUAGAUAUCGUGUUUGCCGAUCGCCCGAUACUUUAGUUGGCCGAUCUACCGAAAUCUAUUUGGGACGCAAUAUGUUUUUAAAAUGGGAAAAACGCAACUAA